CACUUGAAGUUUGUGAUUGUAAGGAGUGGGUUUGCCAUACGUCCUAUAAAGAUGUUCAGUUGAGACUCAUAUUUUGAGUAAAUACUUGAACGCAGUUUUCCGGGCAAUAGCAACAGUACACCUAACUUUCUUUUGAACAGCGGCUCCUGCUUUUCCGAGUGGUCGCCCUGCUUUUGGCGCACUACAGCACAGACAUUGUAUGCAGAUGUUCAUACAGAAAUGAAGUAGCACCUGGAGAAUAUUAGGGAAGAAGGAAUGAAAUUUGAAGUGCGGACAGACGGAGAAAUGAAAGGUCAACAGAUGGUAGCCGAGAAAACAAGGUUUCUGCUAAUAUGUUUAUCAAUCCUUGCUCUUCUGGCCAGUGAAGUUCAAGCAGGUGGAAAAUCAUACUCUGGGCCAUGUGGUGGAAGAGAUUGCAGUGGAGGAUGUAAAUGUUUUCCUGAAAAGGGUGCUCGGGGUCAACCAGGACCUCUUGGCCAACAGGGAUUUCCUGGACCUCCAGGGAUCGUCGGCUUUCCUGGUUUGCCCGGUGGUAAAGGAGAAAAGGGGGACCGAGGGACGUCUGGAGUCACCGGACCAAAAGGCGCUAUUGGAGCAACUGGGGUGCCUGGAUUUCCUGGGUCAGAUGGCAUUCCUGGUCACCCAGGUCAGGCAGGAUCCCGAGGGAAGCCUGGAGCUGAUGGGUGCAAUGGCACGAGAGGAGACACUGGGUCUCCUGGGCAAUCCAGAUUCCAGGGCCUGCCUGGUAUACAAGGUGCUCAUGGGUUGAAAGGUCAAAAGGGGGAACCUCUGCUGGUGACGGUGUACAUGGAGCGAUUCCGGGGCGAUCCUGGGGAACCAGGUUAUACCGGACUUCCGGGCCAGCAAGGAGCCCCUGGACCUGUGGGCCCACAGGGGUAUCCAGGACCUCAAGGGCCACAAGGACCUCCAGGACCACAAGGACCAAAGGGUACAAUAAAUGUCGUGAAGGGACUUAAAGGAGAGCCAGGUGAUGCUGGGCCACCAGGUCCCCCAGGAAAUCACACAGGCCCCUUGAUUGAACCCACAGAAGCACCAAAGGGCUUACCUGGCAACUGGGGGCCACCAGGCGAUAGGGGAGAUCACGCUGACAAUAAAGGAGAAAUGGGUGUCAUGGGGUAUCCAGGACCACGGGGUUUCCCUGGAUCAAAUGGCCAGCCAGGAGAGAUGGGGUCUGCAGGUGAAAAUGGACCACCUGGAACAAUGGGAAUAAAGGGUGAUCUGGGAGAACCAGGACCUUUCAUUGAUGAUAUACCAACUGAAAUUGUUCCUGGUCCUGAUGGAAGAAAGGGUGAUCAAGGAGAGAGAGGAGACCAAGGUUUUAAAGGUAUCCCAGGGCCUCCUGGCUUGCCAGCCACCUCCACAGGCUACUCAGGCCCGUUUGGUCCUAACGGACCUAAAGGAGAUAAAGGUACCAGAGGUGAUCCUGGACUUCCUGCAGUUCAGCCUGGGCCUCCCGGUCAAGAUGGGAUUCCUGGAAUACCGGGCUCCCCCGGACCCAGAGGCUCAUUGAACUUAGAACUUUAUAAAGGACUGCCUGGUAUUCAGGGUCAGCCUGGUCAGGCUGGACUGAAAGGAUUCAAAGGUGAUAGAGGUGCCUGUAACUGCGUCAUCAGUGGCUCACCAGCGGGGCCCCCUGGCCCAGCAGGGAACCCGGGGCCGAAAGGAAUGGAGGGGGAACAGGGCCAGCAGGGGGACCAGGGAGACCCAGGACCUCAGGGGCUUACAGGCCUGCAGGGUUUUCCAGGCCCAGAUGGUCGUCCUGGUACAAAGGGAGCAAAAGGAGAAAUGAUGAUAGCCACUGAAAGAGGAGCACAGGGAGACCCGGGGGUCACUGGACUGGCUGGUCACCCAGGUCUGACAGGGCAGCCUGGGAGAGACGGUUCCCCUGGGUAUCCUGGACUACAGGGCCCACCAGGAGACAGGACAAAAGGUCCCGCCGGAGAUGCGGGUUAUCAGGGACCUCUUGGUCCCAUUGGCCCGGCGGGUCAGAGGGGUGAGCCUGGUCUCGUGCUGGGCUCGAUGAAAGGAUUUCCUGGACCACGUGGCGAUCCUGGGCUAGAUGGGGUUCAAGGACCUCCAGGGCUCAAGGGUCUUCCAGGCGACUGUUGUUGUGGUGCUCAGGAAGGCGAUGUGAGAGAGAAGAAUGGCACCACCACUGCAGGAGAGUGUGACCAACAGCCAGCAAAACCUGGACUACCAGGGCCCCCAGGUGUCCGUGGGCCCCCAGGGGUCAAUGGCUUAUCAGGCAGGCAGGGUGAAAAGGGGUUUCUAGGGCUGCCUGGAGCUGAAGGAUUCAAAGGCGAGCAAGGGGAGCAGGGCAGAGGAGGGGCUCCUGGUCCACCGGGUUUUACUGGUCCUCGUGGAGACCCAGGCCAGCCAGGCCCACCAGGUCAGGAGGGUUCACCAGGAUCACCAGGCCGACCAGGCCAGAAUGGAGAACAGGGACGAAAAGGACAUCAUGGAGAGGUCUUGGGAGCAGCUCAUGGUGCUCCUGGAGACCAAGGAUUUCCUGGACUGUCUGGGCCAAAAGGUCUGACAGGAGAGCCUGGCCCACAGGGAUAUUCAGGAAUGGGUGGCAUGCCUGGAAUCCCAGGUUACAAAGGAGAACAAGGUCCUCCUGGGCUACAAGGGGAGGUAGGCGUACCAGGACCAGUUGGAGUACAUGGUACUUUGGGAUCACAAGGGAACCCAGGCAUACCUGGACCAGCUGGUUCGAUAGGCCCACCUGGCCUCUCGGGAGAAAGAGGGAAUGAGGGUGAUACUGGCCCACCAGGUCCCAUUGGAAUGAAAGGAGCCCCUGGAAAUCCUGGCAGUCAAGGGUUAAAGGGUGAAAGAGGAGCACCUGGAUAUCCUGGAAAUCCUGGUCCAGAUGGAAUUCCUGGUCUUGUUGGUCGCAAAGGUCCUAGGGGUUCUGAAGGGAUGCCUGGGUUCAGUGGCAUGCCUGGGUUAAGCGGUGAGAAAGGAUUUGAAGGCAUUAAGGGGGAGACUGGAAUUCCCGGGAUACAAGGAGAGAAAGGACAGCAAGGUGUACCUGGUGCAAAGGGUGAUCGUGGAAUACCUGGGCCACCAGGUGAAAAGCCACACAUGCCUCUGAUAUUGAAAGACAAAAUGAAAGGAUUAAAGGGUGACCAGGGCCGGCCAGGAGAGGAUGGAUUUACAGGCCCAAGAGGCCCCAAGGGCAUGCCAGGAGUUCCGGGUAGAUAUGGACAAGAUGGCUUGCCAGGAGAGCCCAGUGAUGUGAAGGGCAUCAAGGGGUCAGCUGGUCCCGAAGGCCUUCCAGGUCCCAAAGGAUUGCCUGGACCCACAGGACCACAAGGAAUCCCGGGCUUUCCAGGCAUGCCCGGAAUUAGGGGAGAGAAGGGUACUCCUGGAAUCUAUGGUGACCCUGGAGAUCCAGGACUGAAGGGAGUAAAAGGUGAAACUGGCCCUAGGAUGGAUUUACCAGGCUCCACAGGUCACAGAGGUGACGUAGGAAUACCCGGAUUACCAGGACUGCAGGGAGUUCCUGGCCAACCAGGAGACAUCGGCAGUGCAGGCUUUGAUGGCAUUGAUGGGGUAAAAGGGAUAAAGGGGUUCGCUGGGCCUGGAGGCCUUCCAGGGUCAGCUGGGAUUCGUGGAUUUCCAGGACCUCAAGGUCAGAAGGGGUGGCCUGGAUUCCCAGGAGAGCCUGGCUUAAAGGGCAAGCCUGGUCUACCUGGACUUCAAGGAUUCCCUGGUUUGAGAGGUAUAUUUGGACUUGAUGGUCUGAAAGGCCAGAAGGGCGACAAAGGACUUCCAGGUAUAAACACCAGGGGCAACACAGGUAGCCCCGGGGUCAAAGGGGAGAAGGGUAAUCCAGGAUUGCCAAGUCCAGAGCCUGGCAUCCCAGGACCGCCUGGAAUCAAAGGACAACAAGGGGACCCAGGUGACCAAGGCUACUCUGGACCUCCUGGAAUUCGAGGUCCACCAGGACCACCAGGAAUCUCGGGUAUAGUGGGCUUACCAGGAGAUCCAGGCUUCCCAGGACAAAAAGGGUUUCAAGGCUUCCCGGGAGCUCGUGGUAUUCCUGGAAAGCCCUCUCCUUAUGGUGAGAAGGGGGAUCUGGGAGAUUCAGGAACUGCUGGAAAUGAUGGCCUCAAGGGUGUGAAAGGAGAGGAAGGAUUUCCAGGAUUUCCUGGUCAAAAUGGAAUCUCUGGAAUUAAAGGGCAAAAAGGAGAGCAAGGACUAAUAGGAAUACCGGGCAGACCUGGAGUUAAGGGAGACAGGGGACCAACUGGACCAAAGGGGGACACUGGCCUACCUGGCUUCACCGGUGUCCCUGGCUCAAGGGGCCCAGCUCCCUUGCCACCUCAACUGGUCAAGGAACGAGGCCCACCUGGCCCAGUAGGACUUCCUGGGCCACAGGGACCCAUUGGAGAGACAGGCCUACAUGGGCAGCCUGGAGACCCAGGUCCUCGGGGCCCCCCAGGAAAAAAAGGUAUGCCAGGCGUGAAUGGAACACCAGGAAUUCCAGGCUACCACGGGGAAACUGGAUUUGGUGGCCACCCAGGUCUUCAAGGAAUGGAAGGGUCGCAAGGACGCCCUGGUAACCCUGGAUUGGCAGGCAUGCCCGGCCGCAGCGUUAGUGUUGGGUACCUCCUUGUAAAGCACAGCCAGUCAGAGCAAGUCCCAAUGUGUCCUGUGGGCAUGGCAAAACUGUGGGAUGGAUACAGUCUGCUGUACUUUGAAGGCCAGGAGAAGGCACACAAUCAGGAUCUUGGAAUGGCAGGAUCAUGCCUGCCGAGAUUUAACACAAUGCCGUUCCUGUACUGCAACCCUGGAGACAUCUGCUACUACGCCAGCAGGAAUGAUAAAUCCUAUUGGCUGUCGACGACGGCCCCUCUGCCCAUGAUGCCCGUGGAGGAGGAGGAAAUUAAACCGUACAUCAGCCGCUGCUUGGUCUGCGAGGCUCCAUCCCUGGCCAUCGCUGUCCACAGCCAGGACACUAGCAUUCCUCAGUGUCCCAUAGGAUGGCGCAGCCUGUGGAUUGGUUAUUCCUUCCUCAUGCACACCGCUGCUGGAGAUGAAGGGGGUGGACAGUCCUUGGUUUCACCUGGAAGCUGCCUUGAAGACUUUAGGACCACUCCUUUCAUUGAGUGCAACGGAGCCAAAGGCACCUGCCAUUACUUUGCCAAUAAGCACAGCUUCUGGUUGACGUCAAUAGAGCAGUCCUUCCACAGCUCACCGGCUGCAGAAACACUCAAGGCAGGUCAGCUGCUGUCUCGAAUCAGCCGGUGCCAGGUGUGCAUGAAGAACUUGUAACAGCACGAGCUGAAAAAAAAAAAAA